AUGCAGGUCUGGCAUGGCUUAGUGAUUGCAACCGUGUCCCUCUUGCUACAGACCUGUCUCUUUGCAGUUAUCAGUUACCUGUUCAGCAGGCACAGAGCCAAUGAGUGUGAGCGAAUACUGAAAGCAGCCAAGCCCCCAGCUCCUGAGCCCAGUCCUGCCGACCAUCAUUCACCUGUUGCCAAGGAGACGAAGGGACCUCUGUGGGAGAGCAGCGCCCCAGCGUCUAAGCCCUGUUACAGGCAUUAUAGCGAUACCUCCUCAGACAGCUCGGACAGCUCGGACAGUGCACCUUCCACCUGCCAGGCCCCCAAGGAUCUGAAUUACACACAAGUGGUUUUCUCAGCCUCAGGAGGACUGAAAAGUGAAUCUGUUCGGGAUUAUCAGAAUUUAAAUGAAACCACCGAUUAUGUCAAUAUCAACCCAGAAAGCCACAAGACCAAUGUCUGGUCUUUUGUGAACCAUGCCUCUGAACCAGUGGAAUACACUCAAGUGGCCUUGUGA